UUACACUUAACGUAAUUUUCCAAAUAUUAUAACAUAAUUGAUUUUUUAAAAUAGCUAACAGUUUAGAACUUAGCCAACAUUUUCUCUCGAAUAGUCAGACAUUUUCUUGCUAAGCUGUCAGUUGACGUUGUAUCGAUCAAUCACGUCAAUCACGCCUCUCAUCAUUCUAUUCUCGAAGAACGUCCCUCGUCCAUUUUGGAGCUAGCAGCGAUUCUUGGCUUGACAGGAUAUAAAUGACAAAUGAAAUGGAUAAAUUUUGAUUUAACGUCACAUUUAUCUUUAUUGAAGACGUUUGUUGGCAAAGACAACGAUGAGCGGUGAAGGAGCAGAGGAAGAGAGUCACAAACAUCUUCUGUCUUCUUUCUUGAAUUCCAUUGAGGUUCUCUCCUCACGUGUCAAAGGGCGGCCUCUGGCACCUUUCAUUGGCCCCACUGUGGGUUAUUUUGCAGCCCGGCUCCAUGAUUCCAUGAAAACAAUACAGAAACCUUUGGUGUGACUGUUAGUUAGCAAAGAACUCCACCGUUCAUCAUCGCCGCCAGAAAGCGAAUUAUACGGCCGUAUGUGAAGAUUUGAGCAGAAAGAUAAAGACGCUCAUGUAGCAGGCUGCACUUUUUCUCUUUGCAGCGUUUGAUGCCUUUGAUAAAAAAGAAAGAUGGGGCUGCCAUUAGUAUUCAGGUCUGCACCUCAGCCAUCUGUAUCGCUCUCAUGGACAGUGAGUGGGAAACAGGAGGCGCACUGAGGGGGAAGGAAGCACGGCGACAAGACAAUAGACACCAGGAAGAAGCCCCCUCACCUCCCGGUAGCCCCCAGAGGCUUCAUGUACCGAGAAAGGACAAGUCACACGCUUGAAGGAAGAUCCUAAAGACAACCGGCCGUCCUCGGCGGCGGAGACGGGAUAAUCAAGCGGUCAAGCACAAAAGAAAAGAAAGCGCAGGAACACGUGCCUGGCGUUACCUCUCCAUGGAAUACUGCUGUGUUGUGUUGGCUUCUCUAAUCAGGAAGUAUAAAAGGAGCCACCAUCGUGGACGCUCUGGACACGCUCUACAUCAUGGAAAUGUUUGAGGAAUUCGAUGCUGCCACCGACUGGGUAGAGAAGAACCUGGACUUCAACGUGAACGCCGAAGUGUCCGUCUUCGAGGUGAACAUCCGCUUCGUCGGAGGCCUGCUGUCGGCGUACUACCUGUCCGGGAAAGAGGUGUUCCGUAGGAAGGCGGUGGAGUUGGGUGAAAAACUGCUUCCAGCCUUCAAAACACCCACCGGUGUCCCGUGGGCGCUGCUCAACCUCAAAAGUGGAAUCGGGCGAAACUGGCCGUGGGCGUCGGGUGGCAGCAGCAUCCUGGCCGAGUACGGAACGCUGCAUCUGGAGUUCAUACACCUCAGCAAACUGUCGCAAAAGCCCGAGUUUGCUCAGAAGGUCAUGAACAUCCGCAAGGUCCUCAAUCGCCUGGACAAACCGCAGGGGCUCUACCCCAACUACCUGAACCCCAACAGUGGCCAGUGGGGGCAGCAUCACGUGUCUGUGGGCGGCCUGGGUGACAGCUUUUAUGAGUACCUUCUCAAAGCCUGGCUCAUGUCUGACAAGACGGAUGAGGAAGCCAAGAAGAUGUACUAUGAUGCCCUGCAGGCCAUCGAGACCAACCUGAUGAGGAAGUCAAGCGGCGGGCUGACGUACAUCGCCGAAUGGAAGGGGGGCCUUCUGGAGCACAAGAUGGGUCACCUGACCUGCUUUGCGGGCGGCAUGAUGGCGCUCGGUGCCGACGGGGCCCCCGGUGACAAGACGGGCCACCAGAUGGAGCAAGCCGCCGAGAUCGCACGGACCUGUCACGAGUCUUACUCCAGAACCGCUUUAAAGUUGGGCCCGGAGGCGUUCCGCUUCGACGGCGGAGUGGAGGCCAUCGCCACCCGGCAGAACGAGAAAUACUUCAUCCUGCGCCCCGAGGUCAUCGAGACCUACAUGUACAUGUGGAGGUUCACCCACGACCCCAAGUACCGGGACUGGGGCUGGGAGGCGGUCCAGGCCUUGGAGCAGCACUGUAAGAUGGAGGGGGGCUACAGCGGCAUCAGGGACGUCUACGUGGCCAAGCCCGCCCACGACGACGUGCAGCAGAGCUUCUUCUUGGCCGAGACGCUCAAGUAUCUCUACCUGCUCUUCUCCGAGGAUGACCACAUUCCCUUCGACCACUGGGUCUUCAACACGGAGGCCCACCCUCUGCCCGUCAUCAGGAGCGAGCGGACGGAGCAAAACAACGAGGUGGAGUAGCUGACCGUUCGCACCGAGAACCUCGGACCUCGUAGACCCGAGCCGGACGCCUUGGAUUUCUCCCGACUGGAAGUUUGUUUGUUUCGGAAUUCAUGGGAUCCAAGCGGACUUUGACUUUCCGCUUGUCUUCUGUGGGAUGUUUUACUGCUCAGAGGUGGUCUGAUGUUCUCUUCAGAACCGGCGCCAGACGUGCUAACCGCUAAUGCUAACCGCUGGCACGGUGGAGGACGAUCCCGGAGGCCAUCUUUGUUUACAUGCGUCUUCUCCUCCCGCCGCUCUGUCGCCUCGGCAACCACAGGAAACCACCUUUGCUCCUUCGGGGUGGAUGCAGGAUGAAUUCCCAAAAAGGACAUAUCCUGGGGGGUGUGGCUUGGGAACUGUAGCCACGCCCUCUCGUGACCUCUGAUCGUGUUUACAAGAAAACCUGGCCGAAGUCUAUCCCUUGUUAAAUCCUCGCCAUGCCACGCCCACACUGCUUCCUGUCAGAGCCGCGUGCAGGAGACGUCAAUCAUGCAGGAACCACUUUUAUACUCUUCACCUCUUUUUUUUACUCAGACGAUCAAAACGUGACGAGAAAUACCACAUUUUUAUUGCUGACGAAGCAAAUAUUCUUUUCUUUUAGUGAGAUGUUUUUUUUAAGCUUUCACAUUCCCAGAUUUUUGUUUUUUGCAGGCUUUUUUUAUGUAAUUAGAGAAGAAGAAGCAGGACGAUUAGAAAACAAAACAUGAGCCGCAUGCAGCACAUCUUUCAUGCUUUGGUGCCCCUCCCUACAUUGGACAGUAAUUGCAGUACCAACUCCUACCACUAUGCGGUGCAGCUGCUCUGUGGUUGGCUCUCGCCACCGGAAUGUGUCCACAAAUGGGAACAGAGAGCAAAGGGACAAGUUGUUGCAUCUGCGGACCGAUGGGGGAAGAGUUUGGACCCCCCCCCUCCCCAAACGAGACGUCAUGGCACUCAUGAGUGUUCCUAAUGUUUUGACCACUAAGCAUUUGUUGCUGAGAUCCUUUUACUUGUUUUUAUUGGGUGGGGAGGCUAAGCUUCAUUUUUUAGUUACUUUUUUUCCAAUUUUUCUUUAGGAUGAUGAUCUUCUUGGGUGGUCAGAUGCCCCCCCUCCUCUAUGAGGACACACACAGGAAGCCAUAGCCGUCCGUGUCUGGUCCUUGUAGUCCUCUUCUCAUCAACGCAUCAUUAGCCAGAUGUUUUUAAUGGGCGUGUCCAAGGCAACGCCUCAGAAGCUAGUUUGAAUUUGUGCCUUAGCUUCUGACGUUGCUCGCACAAACAAUAGCUUGGUGGUCAUUGGCGGUAGAUGUUUAGCACUGUAGCUUUAAGAGAGCGAGCGAGCCACAUGAGGAUGCUACCAAAACGACAACAAAUCAUCUCCGGGAGGAUGGUUGGUGCAGUAGUGCCCCCUCGUGGCGCACAUGAAACGUGCAGCUGCUUGGUGGGCCCGGUGGAUGGUAAACGGGGUGCCACACUGACACCCAGUGGUGGGAGACCAGCAUUACAGCGAUGCCUAACCUAGGUUUAGAUCACGUGAUCAUUCCGCAACAUUUCAUCCCUUUAACGUCAUUCACUCGGUGGACAUUUUAUUUGAGUUUUUUUGCUUACUUGUGAUUAUGUUUUCAGUACAAUAUUAGCAACACCACACACGCGCACACGCUCGCACGUUUAUGAUACAUCCACUAGAAAGAUGAGGUGUACCUAAUCAAGGGGAUCAUUUCCCUCGUGUACGUCAAAAAUGGGAUGGACAUGUUGUCCCAUCAGAUUGUAAUCAUCAAUUAAUUAGUUUGUUAAUUUGUGUUGACUUUGCAUUUGCAUCCAUGCACUUAUGGAUUUGAAUGUUUUUAAUUGUGUUAACUUAUUCGGGAUGUGCCGGUGCUGUUGUAGUGUUGCAAGCCGACCACCGGAGGGUGCUGUUGCUCCAGUCUAAAUAAUCAUUGACGUGAGCAGAGCUGCCCGUAGGUUUAACAUGUCGGCGAACGGCAGGAAGUAGACGUCAAGUUUGGGAGAGAGGUUGUGAAUGUACCGUCUAAAUGUGAAGAAAUUGUUUUGUUUUCAUCUCGGAACACAAAUGAGACGACUUCUUUGUCUUCCUCUUUUUCUCUGUUUAUUCCGUCUUAUUUUCCCUCUUGUCUUCCUCAGACAGCGCCGCCUUCUGGUCACACAGGAAAUAGUUCGUUGGCAUUUUGUCUGACUUUAUUUUCCCAGUUGUGACGUUUUAAUUUGGAAAUCCGUGGGAAAUGAAAUAUUUAUUAUUUUUGGGUACGUGGGUUGUUCAGCGGUCCAACAAGGCGAGGACAAGUUUGCUUUAUUUCAUCCUGCCUUGCUCAACAUGUUGGGCACUUGCAGAGUUCCUUAGUAAUACUUUAGUGGAAACUUAUUGAAGUUAUUUUUAGGUUGGAAGCUUCAUGAUUAUAUGACAUUACUUUAUGAAUGGGGUUUUUAAAAGGGUAUAAAAGAGAAAUCUGCGUCUGACAUUCAUUUUUGUAGCACCUAACUACUUUUGUGUUUUAGCUAAUGAUACAUAAGCAGUAACGUAGCUCUUGUUUUAAUCAUCAUUUUCUUUAACUUAAUUUUAAAUCAAGAUUUAUGUGACCACAAUCAUUCCAUUGCACAUAGAUUACUUUUUUGUCUUCAUAUAAAAUGUUGUUAAUUUGUGGGAAAUGUGUUUUUGUGUUCAUAAAAUUCUAAAUAUUAUGGAGAAUGAUUGCAAAUAUUCCAUAGUGGCAGGAGACCACUGGAUGUUUCUAUAAAGAUCUUCUGCGCUUUGUGGAUUCACACGAGAUGAAUGAGCUGCAGACUUUUUAAUAAACUAUAUUUGGUACACUUCUAUUGUGAAUAAAAAGAUCUUUUAUUACGUG